AUGAACAGACUCACAUUCUUGGUUUUCCUCCCGGCGCUGGGCUUUCUUGUCUGCGAAGCCGGUAACAUAUGUUGCUCAGAGCCAUGCCAGAACAGGGGCGUCUGCACCGCGCUCGGAGCUGAUGAUUACGAGUGUGACUGCACGCGGACGGGAUUCACUGGACAAAACUGCACAAAGCCUGAGUUCCUCACCUGGCUCAAAAUCUCCCUGAAGCCUUCCCCCAACACUGUCCACUACAUCCUCACCCACUUCAAGGGCUUCUGGAACAUCAUCAACAACAUCUCGUUUCUCAGGGAUGCCAUCAUGAGAUAUGUGUUGACAUCUCGGUCCCACAUGAUUGAUAGUCCUCCAACUUUCAAUGCGGAUUAUGGUUACAAAAGCUGGGAAGCCUAUUCCAACCUUUCCUACUAUACGCGCACCCUCCCCCCUGUGCCCGAGGAUUGCCCAACCCCUAUGGGAGUAGAAGGUAAAAAGGAGCUACCUGAUGCUAAGAUACUGGCUGAGAAGCUUCUCAUGAGAAGAGAGUUCAUCCCGGAUCCACAGGGCACCAGCCUGAUGUUUGCAUUCUUCGCACAGCAUUUCACCCACCAGUUCUUCAAAUCUGAUAUGAAGAAAGGACCUGCUUUCACUGUAGCCCAGGGCCACGGGGUUGACCUCAGCCACAUUUACGGAGACAGCCUGGUCAGGCAACACAAGCUCAGACUUUUCAAGGAUGGCAAGCUUAGAUACCAGAUCCUGGACGGAGAUAUGUAUCCCCCGACGGUAAAGGAAGUUGGCGCAGAAAUGCACUACCCUCCCCACGUUCCCGACUCCCACCGCUUCGCCGUCGGCCACGAGGCAUUCGGCCUGGUCCCCGGCCUGAUGAUGUACGCCACCAUCUGGCUGCGGGAACACAACCGGGUGUGCGACGUGCUGAAGGAGGUCCACCCCGACUGGGACGACGAGAGGCUCUUCCAGACCACGCGCCUCAUUCUGAUCGGCGAGACCAUCAAGAUUGUCAUCGAGGACUACGUGCAGCACCUGAGCGGCUACAACUUCAAGCUCAAGUUCGACCCCGAGCUGCUGUUCAACCAGCGCUUCCAGUACCAGAACCGCAUCGCGUCCGAGUUCAACACCCUGUACCACUGGCACCCGCUGAUGCCUGACACUUUCCACAUCGAGGAGAAAGAAUACAACUACAAACAGUUCGUCUUCAACACGUCUGUCGUGACUGAGCACGGCAUCAGCAACCUCGUGGAGUCCUUUUCCAAGCAGAUCGCCGGACGGGUCGCCGGUGGCCGAAAUGUCCCAGGACCUAUCAUGUACGUGGCCAUUAAAUCCAUUGAAAAUAGCAGACAGAUGCGCUACCAGUCUCUGAAUGCCUACAGGAAGCGAUUCUCCAUGAAGCCCUACAGCUCCUUUGAAGACAUGACAGGAGAGAAAGAAAUGGCCGCAGUGCUGGAGGAGAUGUAUGGACACAUCGACGCCGUGGAGCUCUACCCGGGUCUGCUGGUGGAGAAACCCAGGGAAAACGCCAUCUUUGGAGAAACAAUGGUGGAGAUGGGGGCCCCUUUCUCCCUCAAAGGCUUGAUGGGAAACCCCAUUUGCUCCCCGGAGUACUGGAAGCCGAGCACGUUCGGAGGCACCGUGGGCUUCGACAUCAUCAACACUGCCUCCCUGCAGAGGCUCGUCUGCAAUAACGUGAAGGGGCCCUGUCCCGUGGCAUCCUUUCACGUGCCUGAUGUUAAAGAGACGGGCUCCAUGAUCAUCAACUCGAGCACAUCCCACUCGCGCGGCAGUGAUAUCAACCCCACAGUCAUUCUAAAAGAAAGGACUACUGAGCUCUGAUUUGUAUUAUUUUCUCUAACUUUAUUAUAAAUGUCAUGUCAUGUCAUUGUCCGUAACCGCUUAUCCCUUUCCGUGGGGUCACGGGGUGUUGCUGCUGGAGCCAAUCCCAGCCUUGCCUC